ACAGGAUUCCCAUCAUCAAAACAUGAAGAUAAACGUUUCGGUUUUUAUUACUGCAGUACUUCUCGCAGCUGUUUCAGCUCAAGAUACAGAGGAGACUGCACUUGAUAGAUGUUACGACAACCAAUGCAAAGACUUUCAGCAAGAUUACAACAACUGCCACGAUCAAGCAGAGAACGACGAGGUGAAGUUUUUUACCUGCGCUUGUCCAAAGAUGACAGACACGUUGGCCAAUAACGGUGAUUGCUCUGAUUGUCUUCUUAACGCUGGCUACAAUUUAACCGCACAAGCGGGUGUCUACUGUGACGCAUUCGGUGUGUUCAAUCCAACUCAAGCUAGCUCAUGGAGUGAGGCCUCAACAGCAUCAACAGCCUCUUCAUCACCAUCCAGCAGCAGCAGCAGCAACAAUGACGACGAUGAUAGCUCAGCAACCUCAAUUGGUGUGACUACCGCUGCAGCUGGUGUAAUGUUAGCUGCCAUCGGUUGCUUGUUCUAAGCUCUCUAAACUCAGCUCCACUCUUCUCUCCUUUUCAUUUGUCUCAAUAUCUUUGUCUCGGAAAGACAAUGAGGAACAAUAAUUCUACUUUCUUAUCUAUCUCCAUUCUUGAAUAGUCAGUAAAUUUGUAAAGAGAGCAUCAUGCAUAAU